AACUUUGUUAGUUUGGCAAAAUAAAAAGACCACAGAAUCCCUUAGCUUUUGUUUAAAAACAUUUCUUUUCUAUUUUUUUUUUUGAAAACAUUAAAAAUUAAUACCAAGAGAAGGAUAAUCCUCAGUUGAGUUACACUCAUUAAUUAUUUUUAAUCAGGCAUUAACACCUUUAAGAAGCCUAUACCAAUCCCUUUCUGUGGAUACUAUUUUUAGAACCAUUACCUUCAUGGAAAACUAUCUCACAUUUUCGCUCAUAUUUCAUUUCUUGGUACUUGCUUUAAAUUGAAAGUUGACCUUUUAUAAGCAGUCAUUGCGCCUAUCACUAAUUAAAAUCUGUAGAGUGGGAGCGGAAAUUGGAUGUCAUGCCCUUUUUGGCGAAGCCAACCCUAUUUGUACUUUUGUGACCAACCCGAAAUCCUCCGGGAGCACACAAUUAAUGGGCCCUUCUGCCGAUAUGUAUUUCCACUGACAGCUCCACUGCGAAACGCACCUUUCGGCGGCGCACAGGUGGCGAUAGGAACAUCAACAACAACUGGCCGUGACCGCCAAAUUCCGCCGGAGUGGCAACGGGCUUGGGAGUUGGAACCGGACUGGGAUUUCAACGGGAACGGGAACUGGGAUAGGGACUCGGUCCCGACGCCUACGUCACGAGUCUUUGACGACCUUUACCAAGUUGAUAACGGAAAUCCCCAGGCGAAAUCGAGUAAAGCGGAAAUGGACAACCAAUACGGAGAUAACUAUUUCACCCCGUAUCCGGAGUUGUUUGGUCGCCAAUGGCAUCUUCAGCGCCUUAAGCAGCUGCAGGUGCAGCACAAGUGGCAAUCUCCGCCAGUGGCGGAGGUCAAGGGCAAAAGGGCGCCCCUAAAGUGGCCACCAGAGGACGACGAGCUGCCUCCGUUCAAUUACGUGUACAACUUGCCCUGGAAGCGAAAGGACAAGCAGGAUUCUCUGAGAUAUAUGCCCUCGAUCAGUGCUGGAGCCAUGACCAAUCUGGGCGGCUUCUUCAAUCAGCUCGAGGCGAACCUGCGUUUCGCCGAGCAAUCGCAACUGGGAGAGUCGGAAACACGAAUGCUUGAGGGUAAGCAUCCACAUCCCCUGCACCUUCCGCCGAUGCCGCCUGACGCCCCGGAUGAUAAUGCUCAGCAGCAGGAGCACGACCGGAAGACAUCGAAGCUCCUGCAUGCCCUACGCAGCUACAGACCCUCCCAGAAAAUCCGAUCGCUGGUGUCGCGCAAUCCACAGGGUUAUCGCGGCUCUCAGUUCAUAGAUCCCAGCUACAUGUGGUUGGGUCUGGGAAAAUGACAGUGAAUCAGCCGGAAACGCCGAAUUUU